GAAAAAACCACGGGCCGAGGAGUGACUACGGCUUAGAGCCAUUCCAGUAGUUUCUAACGGCUGUUUGACCCCAUAGGUGAUUGAAAAUUUUAUUGCAAAAGGACGAUGUUCAAAAUAAGAGGUUUCACGUUGCUCUUUGUAUUUGCUUGGGUGAUAAACGUAUCAUGUUAUUCAGUUUCAGAACGGAAAAACCAUGCAGAAGGAAAUAUUUAUCAGGAUAAACGGGAAGCCGUACUUUAUCGUGGACAAUUGUGGUCAGCCACUUAUGACAGCAACAGGGAGGUCACAAAUGUCUUCAUUCCUUACACUAUUAAGUUAGGAGGCUGGUUCUCAGGACUUGAUUAUAGCGAUGAGGAAACUAUCAAAGAGGCAGCGAGUGUUAUCGCUAAGCACACUUGCAUCAGAUUCGUUGAGCGAAAAGAUGAAAAGGAUUACAUCGAAUUCUACGAAGACAGCAAUAAUGUCUGUGAGUCGUACAUCGGCAAAAAAGGCGGGAAACAGCUUUUGUCGCUGGGAAGCGGCUGUAAGAACAGAGGUCAUGUGACUCACGAGCUGAUGCACGCCUUGGGAUUUUUCCACGAGCAUACCAGACCAGAUCGAGAUAAGUUUGUCAAGAUAUUAUGGGAUAACAUCAAGAGAGAUCACUACAAGCAGUUUGAAAUCCGCAAGCGAGGAGUCACAACUUUGGGUCAACCAUACGACUUUCAGUCCAUCAUGCACUACUCCAACAAAGAGUUUAGUAAAAACAACAAGGACACCAUCCAGGCCCUAUCAGAUCCAAACAUGCCUCUUGGUAACGUCAACUCUUUAUCUGCUGUGGAUGUCUUGCAAAUUAACCUGCUCUAUAACUGUCCCGAGGCACUCAGACAAGUGGUCAACUAUGAAGUAACCGUGUACACAGGAGACAAAUAUUUGGCGGGAACGGAUGGCCAAGUGUUUAUAGAGCUGUUUGGGCGGAACACUGUCGGCCAAUUGCAGAAUUCAGGCGAGGAAGAAUUAGCGGGUAAAAAGAGCGCCUUUGAGAUGAGAAGUGUGGACAGAUUUAACGUUAUUUCGCCAAACCUUGGAAAACUGAUCAAACUGACGGUCAGACUUACCGACAGAGGAUACGGAGGAGCAUGGUACCUAGACAAGAUCCAAGUUCAAAACAGAAAGAGGCGUGUGAAUGUUUCUUUUCCGUGUUUCUGCUGGUUUGGUGGAGGUUCUGACACCAAGAUAUUGGAACCUUCUCCCUAG